AUGACUGAAGCUCAAGAACGCAUCCAACAAUGGAAUGCCAAGUUUGAGGAAUUACUGAGUUUUAUUCCCGCGAAAUUGUACAGCAAUGAAGAAACUUCUAACCAGUGGAAACAAAAGAAAGGAACAAAAAAGGAGCAAAAGGAGCGUAGAAUGAAGAAGUUUAGUAUGGACGGUCUUGCUGACGAAACAAACUCGGGAGCGUCUACUCCUAUGGAGCUAGAUACAUCCUCUGCCGAAAAGGAUGCUGAAAAUAUCAGUUCCGAGAAUGGAGGCAAUGAGUCCAUUCUGCAACUUCGCGAGAAGCUAGCUUCAAAAAUUCAAACGUUGCGUGAACAACGCAGAGCAGAAGGCCCUUCAAAAUUUGCAAGCAAGAGAAACCCUAGUACUAGGGAUCAAAAAUCUCCCGCAAAGAAUAAAAAGAAACAAAAGAAGGCUUCUCGUGGGUUUUGA